GGGCACCGUCCCAGGGAGGGAGCAGCAGCCGUGCGCGGCGAUGGCGGAGGAGCUCCAGACUCUGAACACGGAUCUGCUGGCCAUCAGGGGGGCGCUGGAGGCGGAUGGCCCUGUGGGGACCCCUGCCACGGCCCUGUGGGGAAGCUGGCCCAGGAGUUCCUGGCCGCGGUUCACGGUUUCCAUGCCCAGUUCGCUCAGUGCCGGCGGAUGCAGGCGGUGGCCCCCGGCGAGCUGGAGGCCCUGCUCCAGGAGGUCUCUGGGGACCCCGGCUGCUGGUUCUACAUCGGCUGCACCCGGGUGCUGACGCACUAUCUCUGGGAGGCUGGGCCGUGGUGCCGGGCUGGCAGCACAGGGCAGCUGGCUACAAGAAAACCUGGACCUACUACUGCCGGCCAGGGCCGGGGGCCGAGCUCUGCACUGUGAGGCACCUGCUGGGCCGGUUCUGUGGCACCCACCCCCACUGCCUCAACACCUCGUGCGGCAGGAACGGCCCGGGCGGCAUCGUCUUCCUAGUGACCUAUGCCCGGCGGGGCAGCUGGCCGGGGGAGCCUGCUGAGGACAUGGAGGCAGCGCUGCACGGCAUCACUGUCCACUUCCGCCACCGGGGGGCGCUGGCGGACGAGCUGGGGCAGUUCCUCAAGGACGACUUCUGCCAGCUGAUGGGGCAGUACCCGGGCUACCUGGCGCAGUGCCAGGCCAUGAGCCAGAUCCCUCCGGCGCACUUCCCGGGGAGGGCCCGGGAGAUCCUGGCGGGGCUGGGGACGGUGGAGGGGGUCCUGGCAGGCAUGGUACCAGACAAGGUGGUUUCCAUGCGGCCCUGCCUGUGGGAGGUGGGGGCAGGCGAGGCGCAGGCCAGCGAGAAGCUGCACACCUACUUCACCAGGCUGGACGGUGGCCUCGAUGCCAAGUGGCUGCUGGAGGAGAUCUGGGGCCACUCCUGCUGCCUCAACAGCCACCGGUGCUGGGAGGGCAGGUCGGGGACUCAGACAGGGGUCUUCCUGUAUCUGGCGAUAUUCCGGGGGGCCUGUGUCCCGGACGGGCCUUGAGCGAAGGGGCCGACCUGGUGCCACAGCCCAGCCCCGAGCAUGUGUGGCUGAGGCGUCCGCACCCCCGGCCAUCGCCCGUGCUGGGAUCUAACCGGAAGCGGGGUCCCUAGAUGAGUCGUGCGGCAUUGUGCCACGCGAGGGAUGAGAGGGAAACUGAGGCAGCCUGCCACUUCCCACCGCUGACAGGGGGGACCUCAGCCACAAAGGCAGCAACGCCGUGUUCCCACUGAGGGCUCUGCAGGUGCCUGGACGCUCUGCUCCCCGCCGGCACUUUGGUGGCUGUGCCAGUGCCUGGGGCCUCGGCGAGCCUUGGAAACCGAGCCGGAUGGCAGUCAUCUGCGGUGCUCUGCACCCAGCCAGGCAGGAGCAGCUGCUGUGGCUGGGGAGGGGCGCUACAGGCCUGUCCAAGGCAGCCCUGGCCUGCUAUUUUAGGCUGCCCAGAGCUGGACGUGCACAGCACAUGGAGGAGACGCAGUACAUCAGAGUAACGGCUCCCACGGCUCCUGCAUCCCCCACGGCACGGUGCUGGCACAGGCUGGGCUCUGAGAGCCCCAGACAGCCGGCUCAGCAACCCCUGGGGCCCAUCGCACACGGCGCUGCCCAGCUCCUGCCCCAGUCCCCUCCCCCAGGAAGUGGCUGGCGCCACUGACGGGGCUGCGUGUUGAGGUGAGGGAGCUUUAUCACCUCCCCCUGCUGGCUCCGCUCUGCUCCUGCCCGAGGCCUGCAGGGUGGGGGGACAGCAUGGCCCCCACCCCAAAAUUACUGCCAUGUUAAACAGUGCACAGGCCAUGUCAUCCUCCCCAGCUCCACUGCUCCUGGCUCUGAUGCUAGUAACACCGCCUGACGCUUUCUCUCUCAUGGCGCAGGGUGGACAGGUGACAUAGUCGCACUUGUCUCAGGGAUCCUGCUCCUCGUCACUUUCCUAUUGCUGUGUCCAUGCCAGGUCUAUAGAGGGAAGAGCUACCAGACAGUUGUGACGUUCCCCUCUGUUGCUAUCCGGACUGGUGAUCUAUGAGGUCACUCCAACGCUGGGCUCUGGGAUCCAGCCUGAGCCUGCUCUGCUGUGAGAACCCCACUCCUGGGCUGGUCACACACAGCCUCUGGUGUGUGAGCUGCU